AUGCAAUCCGACGAGAACAGCAUUUCACCUCACCCACGGGAUGAUUCUUCAAUCGAAGCUGAUACCACUCCGCAAGAGUCAAGCCAGGACGUGCACCCCAGCAACGAGACUCUCCCUAAAGUUGAAGUAGAUCAAGUCACGCAACAGGACGAUUGGUGUGGCGAGUCCGACGACGAUCAGAUUCGUCUGUACCAUAAAGGCGACGUCAAAGAGUUCCAGAGAUACGUGGCCUUGAGCUAUUGCUGGGGUAAACAGCGACAGUCCUACGAGACGACGAAAGCCACGCUGACAUCGGACAUCGAUACGACGAGGCUCGAGAAGACCAUACAGGACGCCAUUCGAUACACGCGAGAACUGGGGAUCAAGUACCUCUGGGUCGAUUGCCUGUGUAUUGUCCAGGAUGACGAGGUCGACAAGAAGGAGGUGAUUGGAAAUAUGCGACAAAUUAGUCCAAGAUGA